AUUCUAAAAUGAGUAAUCCAUCAGAAACUAGUAAAUGUGCAAUGGAGAGUCAGAGUGGGGACGGAAACGCAGGUGAGUUACCUGCUGUGGCCUGCUGCUGCAUUGCUCUGCCUGCCCGUAUCUGGAGCGCAUUCAGGAGGCACAAACAGUUUAAAAUGGUCACAAACGGACAACAAAAAUGUCCUUGGUUAUUAGACUCUAAGUUCAGGUAAUGGUCUUCUGUUUGAAAACCUGUAGUCCUGUUUGGUGCCCUUUGAACACGCCCCUGGGUCUCACUGCUAUGCCUGUCCCACAGAGUUUUUGUAGUGUUGAUUGAGAAACCUAAUAGAGAGAGAGAUUCAGUGAAAGUUAAGUGGGUUGUUGUGCUGUUGCUGUAAUUAGAGGCUACUUCAGUGCUUGUGUGCGUAUUAUGUUCACACGUGUUGAUUUGUGUGUGCUGUGUGUGCAAAUGUGAAAGUGUGUGUGUGUAUGGGAGAGUUUUUUUCCUGAUGACUUGAUUGCGUUUCUGUUCUCAGGAGUCCAAACGAAUGGACUGGACUUUCAGAGGCAGACGGUGCAGGCCACAAACGCAAUCACCAAUGCACAUGCUCAGGCUCUCCUCCAACAGGUAACACACUCACUCACUCAGACCAAAACACACACAGGUUUGCUGCUUUUACCAGAAGAGUGUGUGUGUCUGUGUGAUCUGAUUGAGUAUAUGUGGGUAUAUUUGUGGCUCGUGCCCAGGCUGGCAGAAGUGUAGUUGAAAUGAGAAUUGAGGCUGGGACAGAGACAUGCCAACAGAACAGAGCCACGCACGCACGCACUCACACACACACACACACACACACACACACACACACACACACACACACACACACACACACACACACACACACACUCUCUCUCUCUAGAGCUGGGUGAUAUGGACAAAAAGUAAUAUUGUGAAAAAUGUAACCAUUUUACUUGAUAACAAUAAAUACAACUAUAUGUAUUUUUAUUGACAGUUACGUUACAUUAGUGGCAGGGCUCUAGAAUACUUUUUUUUCAGUUCCAAGUAAGAAAGCUGUGAUGGUAGCCAUGAUUCAGAAAGUAAGCAAUUUCAUCUAACAUAUCCAGGGAAUGCAUGAUUGAUAUUUUGAUGUGUAACCUGUCAAAAUAGGAUCCAGAAUGAUCAGAUUUCUUUUUGGCUCUUCAGAGAAUUUGCCGACAUCUUUGUGCAUAUUGGCCUAUAUUACUUGAGGAAGUGGGAACUCAAAACACUUAGCUAGAUUGCUUACUCUAAAUAUGAUAUUGUUGCUACAUAGCCAUGUAGGCUAAUUCAUUAAGCUAUCAGUAAAUGUAGGCUAAUGUCCUACAAAAGGUCUAGGCUACUUGAUGUAAAUGGCGUGCACUGCUUUGAGCACGGGCACAUCAAAAUCAUACUAACUACAGCCUACUCUGGUUGUAAAGUUGUGCCAUUAAUUCAAGAGGUGAGAAAUACAUGAUAUACUCAAAGAAAGCUGUGACUCUCCUUUGUAACUAGAACAACAGUAGUUGCUUUGAAAACUGUAUUUUUCCCGCAAUUACAGUUGAAGUAGGAAGUUUACAUACACCUUAGCCAAAUACAUUUAAACUCAGUUCUUCACAAUUCCUGACAUUUAAUCCUAGUAAAAAUUCCCUGUUUUAGGUCAGUUAGGAUCACCACUUUAUUUUAAGAAUGUGGAAUGUCAGAAUAAUAGUAGAGAAUGAUUUAUUUAAGCUUUUAUUUCUUUUAUCACAUUCCCAGUGGGUCAGAAGUUUACAUACACUCAGUAUUUGGUAGCAUUGCCUUUAAAUUGUUUAACUUGGGUCAAAUGUUUCGGGUAGCCUUCCACAAGCUUCCCACAAUAAGUUGGGUGAAUUUUGGCCCAUUCCCCCUGACAGAGCUGGUGUAACUGAGUCAGGUUUGUAGGCCUCCUUGCUCGCACACACUUUUUCAGUUCUGCCCACACAUUAUAGGAUUGAGGUCAGGGCUUUGUGAUGGCCACUCCAAUACCUUGACUUUGUUGUCCUUAAGCCAUUUUGCCACAACUUUGGAAGUAUGCUUGGGGUCGUUGUCCAUUUGGAAGACCCAUUUGCGACCAAGCUUUAACUUCCUGACUGAUGUCUUGAGAUGUUGCUUCAAUAUAUCCACAUAAUUUUCCUUCCUCAUGAUGCCAUCUAUUUUGUGAAGUGUACCAGUCCCUCCUGCAGCAAAGCACCCCCACAGCAUGGUGCUGCCACCCCCGUGCUUCACAGUUGGGAUGGUGUUCUUCGGCUUGCAAGUCCCCCCUUUUUCCUCCAAACAUAACGAUGGUCAUUAUGGCCAAACAGUUCUAUUUCUGUUUCAUCAGGCCAGAGGACAUUUCUCCAAAAUGUACGAUCUUUGUCCCCAUGUGCAGUUGCAAACCGUAGUCUGGCUUUUUUAUGGCGGUUUUGGAGCAGUUGCUUCUUCCUUGCUGAGCGGCCUUUCAGGUUAUGUCGAUAUAGGACUUGUUUUACUGUGGAUAUAGAUACUUUUGUACCAGUUUCCUCCAGAAUCUUCACAAGGUCCUUUGAUGUUGUUCUGGGAUUGAUUUGCACUUUUCACACCAAAGUACGUUAAUCUCUAGGAGACAGAACGCGUCUCCUUCCUGAGCGGUAUGGCGGCUGCGUGGUCCCUUGGUGUUUAUACUUGCGUACUAUUGUUUGUACAGAUGAACGUGGUACCUUCAGGCGUUUGGAAAUUGCUCCCAAGGAUGAACCAGACUUGUGGAGGUCUACAAUUUUAUUUCUGAGGUCUUGGCUUUCUUUUGAUUUUCCCAUGAUGUCAAGUAAAGAGGCACUGAGUUUGAAGUAAGGCUUUAAAAUAUAUCCAAAGUUACACCUCCAAUUGACUCAAAUGAUGUCAAUUAGCCUAUCAGAAGCUUCUAAAGCCAUGACAUCAUUUUCUGGAAUUUUCCAAGCAGUUUAAAGGCACAGUCAACUUAGUGUAUGUAAACUUCUGACCCACUGGAAUUGUGAUACAGUGAAUUAUAAGUGAAAUAAUCUGUCUGUAAACAAUUGUGUCAUGCACAAAGUAGAUGUCCUAACCGACUUCCCAAAACUAUAGUUUGUUAACAAGAAAUUUGUGGAGUGGUUGAAAAACGAGUUUUAAUGACUCCAACCUAAGUGUAUGUAAACUUCCGACUUCAGCUGUACGUUUUGAGCAACGGUCAUAUGCUUGUUCUUCACAGUGGGAAGAGGGAGGGAGAGUGGCUUGCUCACACAGCAGCCGACAGCGAAAUGGGGACAGGCAGAUACUUUCAUAGCAGGAAUCAACAUAAUGCAUAGGCUAUAACCGUUGACCAAAUAAUGAUUUUACAACAAUCUACAGGAAUGUUGUGUAGCAAAAUCACAGAAGAUUACCGUCAUAGGCAAAAUGCUUCGGUAAGAGGAAGGCAGUGUCGGUAAUUUUCGGUUUACCGUCCCAGCUCUAACACACACACACACACACACAGUAACAGUACAUUUAAAUGAGCCAGGCUCUCUCGGUAUCGCCUGGCAACAAGGCAGAUUAAUCAACCCUGUAUGCUAAUUAGCUGCUCUGCGGUUGCUCGGAAACAGAUGGCGGAGAAUAUGCAAAUCUAUGCAGAAUUUACAUGCACUGCAUAACAGUUUUUUAAAUGAACUUUUCCACUCACCACUCCCUCCUUCCUCUCUCUGUUCUCUGUAGGCUACAGUACAUUCCUCUCCUGCUUUUCUCAUGUAGAUUAUUUUCUAUUUAGAGAAUACCUUCAAUAUGCUACCUAUUAUUGAAACCCUGUUUUUGUGUAUAUGUGGCAGUCUGUAUGAGUGUGUGGGAGUGUUUUGUCUUGGUGUGUAUAUGUUUAUCCUCUUCUACACUCCAAUGUUGAAAAGUAAAAUAUGGGUCUUGCUCAUUAUCUCUAAUCAAGAAUCUGACAGGUAUAGUUGCAAGAAUUAGGGCAUCUGCAUACAAUAAGUAUCAGUCAACAUCAUUAUUCAAAAACAGAUCGACAUAGUGUACAGACGACUCCUGAUAAAUGCAACGGCUUGAGAAUGGACUUAACAGGAACAUGCCGUUAUCAGGAGCAAUGUAAAAGAAUGCAGUUGAACUGGGACUGGAAAACUGUAUUGCACUCAAACAGUGUUUACACUUAUCAGGAGUCGCCUGUACCAUAGCUCUGUGUCUAUAUGACAUGUAUCUGGGUAGGUUAUUCUAUAUAAGAUUAUCCUAUGUACUCUGCUCCUAGUCCAAGUCUGAAGACUUGGGUGCAAUUCCGACCUCCGUCCAGCAGGGCGUGCUGCCUCAUGCCCAGCUCAUGCUGGCUGGGGGACAGAUAGCUGGAGUAAGUGGCAUGCUGUCUGCCUGCCUGCCUGUCGGUUCAUCUGUCUGUCUGUAAUGUGCUGAAUCUCUGUGGCUUCCUCAUCUCCUCUCCCUCAUCUGCACUGAUCUGAAAGAAUAGCAAAUGCCCAGUAGGCAUCGUCCACCAUAUUGGUGUCACUGUUCUCAGAUCAGUGCAGAUGAAGGGAAGGAGACUAUUUGAGACUAUUGAGAUACACCCAGAGAAAGGGUGGGGUUAUGUCCAAAUACUAUUUUCCUUGUUUCCUCCCCUUAGCGACCAGUGAUUUUUGAUAUAAAGAUUGAAUGGGAAUUGAUCUACCUACCUUAUUAAUUCUACCAAUUCCUGCUAUGAUCAGUGUGGGUGGGAGGAACUGAGAGAAGAGUAUUGGGACGUAGCCUGUGUGUGCUUGUGCACGUGUUCAAUCAUGCCAACCCCACGACGCACAUCACCCUGGUACCAUCUUUUGGUUUGUGUGUGCGCGAGCGAGAGUGUGUGCGACCGUGAGCCCAGGCGUCAUACUCAUCCGUGAUCAUUCUGUCGUUGUCAUGUGACUUGAGGAUCAGACAGCCAGUGGCUGCAAUGAGAACCUCCCCAAACACCAAAAUCAUCUUCUGUCCAAUUGCAUGUCCUCUCCUCUCUCCAUAUGUUGGGCCCUAGGCACUCAGUCACUGCAUCACAUGUACUGCUAGUUUUGUAGUCCUUUGCAACUUGAAAGUCCUUUGACCUUUUGAAAUGAAUGGUAAGGAGCAUUUGUCUUGACAAACUAUUGUUUCUCUUCCAACCGCUCACUCAUUUAUAUUUUUUUGCUCUCUCUUUAUCUCUACCCCCCCCCCCACCUUUCUCUCUGCCCUCUCUCCACAAUAUCUGUCAUCUCUCCCUUUCUAUCUCCCUCUUUCUCUCUGUCCCCCCAUCUCUUUCGCUUUGCCCCCCCCCCCCCCCCCCCUCUUACUUUCCCUCUCUCUAGUUGACCCUGUCUCCAGCGCAGCAGCAGAUGUUUUUGCAGCAGGCCCAGGCCCAGCUCUUGGCAGCAGCCAUGCAGCAGCAAUCAGCCAGCCAGCAGAGCAGCACCACGGGGGCCAGCAUCUCUGCCUCCGCAGCCACCCCCAUCACACAGCUGCCCCUGUCCCAGCCCGUCCAGAUCACCUCUGUAAGAGAGAGACACACACACAAACACAUGAGAAUGUGCAUGCGCACACACGCACACAAACACACAGACACUCACACACAGACACACAACCCCAUCACUAGGGCUAGACGGGAUCUGCAGGGGGGCAGAGUAUCCUGCUACCUACUCUAGAAUGGGGUGUGAAAUAAAAUCCUGAAGUCAAACCCAAUACUGCUUCAAAACAUAUAACAGCCACAGUGUCAUCAAUUGAAUAUGCAGGAAACACAGAGCUGUAAUGUUCACAUCAUUCCCCCUCAGAUUCCCUCUGUCUCUACUCAUCUCCCAGGCCAGCUAAGCCAGCUGGGAUACCCGUAUGAGAUGGCGACCUUCAGCAGUUACCUACCUGUAGUACACCUUUAUAUCACUGUUAUAUGAAUGACUGGACCGGUAUAAUCUACCUAGUAGUACUCAUGUAUAACACUGCUAAAUGAAUGAUUAUAAGUAUGCUGUACCUUUAGUACAUUGUAACGUUUUCUCCCCGUGGAAGCUUAAUGAGAACUUUCCUCUGUUGAUUUCUGUUGUAUGAAGGAGUGUACCUGUAUAAUAAAGCUAGAAUAAAGGCCUGCAGGCAGCAGUUACAUUAUUACCUCUAGUAGGCCUGUACCACUCUUACCUGUAGGACUAUACUUAUGAAUACUUGUUUCCCUGUAGUUACAAGGGUUCCUCACUCCCUGUAUUUGUGUGUGUGAGAUGACCAACAGCAGCAUGAGUGGUGUGUGUGACUAAAAGUGUUUGUGUGUACCUGUAGUAAUGUGUUCUCCUCUCUCCCGUUGUGUGUGUGUGUGUGUGUGUGUGAGGACUUUCAGCAGUUACAGCAGCUGCAACAGCAGAACCUGACCAUGCCCCAGUUUGUCCUGGUUCAACCUGGCCACCACAUCGCCACCCAGCUGCAGCCUGGCCAGUUCAUCAUCUCACAGACGCCGCAGGGCCAGCAGAGUAUGUACACAACGCAGAGUAUGUACUACACACACACACAUACACACACACACACACACACAGAGAUGCACACACACACACAGACACAGGCACGCACACACACAUGCACAAACAUACACACUCGCCCUUCCUCGCUCUCACCCUCCCUUCGUACCUCUUAAAUGUUCUCCAUAAUUCUCUCAACAGGUUUCCUGCAAGCCCAGAAUCUUCUAACUCAACUACCUCAAAGCCAAGCCAACCUCCUGCAGACUCAGCCAAGCAUCAACCUCGCCUCACAGGUCAGACACUGCAACUACAACUAUAACUACCAUGUUUCAAACACUUGAACCAUGUUUAGUUUGUCAUUUCCUUUCAGCCCUAACCCCAUACUCCCGUCCUGUAGCCAGCGACUCCGUCCCACACGAUAGCAGCCACGCCCAUCCAGCCCCUGUCCCUCAGUCAGACCCCGCCCAAACGCCUGGACACGCCCAGUCUGGAGGAGCCCAGCGACCUGGAGGAGCUGGAACAGUUUGCCAAGACCUUCAAACAGAGACGCAUCAAACUGGGCUUCACACAGGUGUGUGUGUGUGUGUGGUUGGGGUUGUGAGGGAGCUGUAGGAAGGUGUGUGUACAUUUUGUGUGUGUGGUUGGGGGUGUUAGCAAGCUGUACUAAGGUGUGUGUGGGUAUAUGCAUGCAUGAGUGUGCAUGCGUGUGUUUGUGUUAAUAGCAGAGCUCUUCCUAACCCUCUCUCUGUAUCCCACAGGGGGACGUUGGCCUGGCCAUGGGGAAGCUGUAUGGUAACGACUUCAGCCAGACCACCAUCUCCCGCUUCGAGGCCUUGAACCUCAGCUUUAAGAACAUGUGCAAGCUGAAGCCACUGCUGGAGAAGUGGCUCAACGAUGCAGGUAUGUCCCUGAGCUGACCGACAGCUGUGUGUGUUUGUACUGUAUUGUGCACUGCGGAGUACCUGGUCUUUACCUCUGUCCCUGUCCUUUGUCGCGGUGCUGUUUGUGCCGAGAAUCUGUCGUCUGACCUGGCCCUGUCCAGCCCUUGCGGCCUGGGCUCCCCCGGCCUGGGUAUUGAGGGGCUCAACCGCCGACGCAAGAAGAGGACCAGCAUCGAGACCAACAUCCGCGUGGCCUUAGAAAAGAGCUUUCUGGAGGUGAGCAAAAUUUUACAGUCUAGAUUAGCGCUCACUUGUCUUCUCUAACUUACCUCAUCAACCAACUUUAGCACCUAACCCGUUAGGAAGGGAAUCAAAUUAAAUGGAAUAGACUGUUCAUUCAGCGUAUCUGGUAAACUGCCCUACUGAAAGUAACUGCUCCAUACUGAAAGUAAUUGCUCCAUACUGAAAGUAACUGCCCCAUAGUGAAAGGAACUGCCCCAUACUGAAAGGAACUGCCCCAUACUGAAAGGAACUGCCCCAUACUGAAAGAAACUGCCCCAUACUGAAAGGGAAUCCCUGGUCUUUUGCCAUCUUCAAGCAGAACCAAAAACCUACCUCUGAGGAGAUCACCAUAAUUGCUGACCAGCUCAACAUGGAGAAGGAGGUGAUCCGGGUGUGGUUCUGUAACCGUCGGCAAAAAGAGAAGAGGAUCAACCCCCCCAGCAGCGGACACAGCAUCACAGGGACAGGCAGCACCCCCAUCAAAACCAUCUUCACCCCCACUAGCCCCUUGGUAUUGACAAAACACACUGGCAUGUACAUGUACCACACACACAUACACAGUGUACACAGGCACUACACACACACACACACACACACACAAGUGAAGUGUAUUUUUUCUAUUCCAUGUUCAAGCCCUUUCCUUCUCCUUCCCUGGUGCAGGUGGCCAGUACGGCAAGCCUUGUGACCAGUAACACACCGACCACACUCACUUUAAACCAGGUGAUGCCUCUCACCAGCACCAGCGUCUCCGGCCUUACCUUGACAGGUACACAGGGACAGGGGAGGGACAGGAUCAUAUUUGAAAGAAAGAAAUCUCAAGUUAGGAUUCAAUAUUCCCUUCCCAUUUCCCACCUCGUACUUAAAAACUAAACACCACCCUCCCAUUCCGUCUCAGGCACGACGAUCGGAGCGACCACAAACACGGCAUCCGUCAUCUCUACGGCACCCAUGGUUACCGUGGUGACCAGUUCACCCUCGCUAAGCCCCUCCCCCACGGCUCUCCAGGCCACGGCGGCAGAGACAGGUGGAACCCAGGAGCACACGGUGGUCACGCAGGCGCCGUCGUCCCUAGCAACCACUCUGGGGACAGGUCAGGUGAUGGUGGCUGGACCGGGGCUGUCGGCGGCCCUGCAAGGCGCUGCCCAGUUACCCACCAGCGCUAGUUACGCCGCCAUGGCCGGGCUUAACCCAGGACUGAUGGCAUCCUCGCAGUUCACACCUGGGUGAGUAGGAUGGGGAGUGGGUAUCAGAGCAGGAUCACAGCACACCUCAAACUACAUGAAGAGAUUUCAAGUGCCCAUGUACACUACUAGUCAAAAGUUUGGACACAUCUUCUCAUUCAAGGGUUUUUCUUUAUUUUUACUAUUUUUUACAUUGUAGAAUAAUAGUGAAGACAUCAAAACUAUGAAAUAACACAUAUGGAAUCAUGUAGUAACCAAAAAAGUGUUAAACAAAUCACAAUAUAUUUUAUAUUUGAGAUUCUUCAAAUAGCCACCCUUUGCCUUGAUGACAGCUUUGCACACUCUUGGCAUUCUCUCAGCCAGCUUCACCUGGAAUGCUUUUCCAACAGUCUUGAAGGAGUUCCCACAUAUGCUGAGCACUUGUUGGCUGCUUUUCCUUCACUCUGCGGUCCGACUCAUCCCAAACCAUCUCAAUUUGGUUGAGGUCAGGGGAUUGUGGAGGCCAGGUCAUCUGAUGCAGCACUCCAUCACUCUCCUUCUUGGAGGAGGUGUGUUGGGUCAUUAUCCUGUUGAAAAACAAAUGAUAGUCCCACUAAGCCCAAACCAGAUGGGAUGGUGUAUCGCUGCAGAAUGCUGUGGUAGCCAUGCUGGUUAAGUGUGCCUUGAAUUCUAAAUAAAUCACAGACAGUGUCACCAGCAAAGAACCCCCACACCAUAACACCUCCUCCUCCAUGCUUUACGGGGGGAAAUACACAUGCAGAGAUCAUCCGUUCACCCACACCACGUCUCACAAAGACACGGCGGUUGGAACCAAAAAUCUCAAAUUUGGACUUCAGACCAAAGGGCACAUUUCCACUGGUAUAAUGUCCAUUGCUCGUGUUUCUUGGCCCAAGCAAGUCUCUUCUUAUUAUUGGUGUCCUUUAGUAGUGGUUUCUUUGCAGCAAUUUCACCAUUAAUUGUACAGCCCUCUAACCAAUUGUACUAUUAUUGUGUUUUUUCGCGUUAUUUGUAAUUUAUUCUGCACAUAAUGUUUCUGCCAUCGUCUCUUAUAACCAAAAAGAGCUUCUGGAUAUCAGGACAGCGAAUACUCACCUCGUAUUGGACGAAGAUUUUUUCUUCAACGAGUCGGACGCGAAGGAUAUCCUACAGACACCCGACAAGGCCCAAAUCCCCGACAUUCACAGGAGAAAGAGACAGAGAUAUCGUGGACGUAGGUCGGGGUGCCUUGUAAGGAUCCGACGGCGACCGAGUAAACUGCCUCUUCCAUCAAUCCUAUUAGCCAAUGUUCAAUCAUUUGAAAAUAAAUUAGAUGACCUAAUAUUACGGUUAUCCUACCAACGGGACAUUAAAAACUGUAAUAUCUUAUGUUUCACCGAGUCGUGGCUGAACGACGACAUGGACAACAUACAGCUGACGGGAUAUACGCUACAUCGACAGGAUAGAACGGCUGACUCCGGUAAGACAAGGGGUGGCGGUCUGUGUAUAUUUGUACCCCGAGUGGCGCAGUGGUCUAAGGCACUGCAUCGCAGUGCUAGCUGUGCCACUAGAGAUCCUGGUUCGUAUCCAGGCUCUGUUGUAGCCGGCCGCGACCGGGAGACCCAUGGGGCGGUGCACAAUUGGCCCAGCGUCGUCCAGGGUAGGGGAGGGAAUGACCGGCAGGGAUGUAGCUCAGUUGGUAGAGCAUGGCGUUUGCAACGCCAGGGUUGUGGGUUCGAUUCCCACGGGGGGCCAGUAUGAAAACUAAAAAUAUAAUGUAUGCACUCACUAACUGUAAGUCGCUCUGGAUAAGAGCGUCUGCUAAAUGACUAAAAUGUCAAACGUAAACAACAGCUGGUGCACAAAAUCAGCUUUAAUAAGAAGGCAAACCUGUUAAUUGAAAUGCAUUCUAGGUGACUACCUCAUGAAGCUGGUUGAGAGAAUGCCAAGAGUGUGCAAAGCUGUCAUCAAGGCAAAGGGUGGCAAUUUGAAGAAUCUCACAUAUAGAAUAUAUUUUGAUUUGUUUAACACUUUUUUGGUUACUACAUGAUUCCAGAUGUGUUAUUUAAUAGUUUUGAUGUCUUCACUAUUAUUCUAUAAUGUAGAAAAUAGUAAAAAUAAAGAAAAACCCUGGAAUGAGUAGGUGUGUCCAAACUUUUGACUGGUACUGUAUAUCUAGUCAUAGUAGGAAUAGUUGCAGUUAAAUGCUCAUUGCUAUGAUCAUCACAAUCUCAGGGAUUGAGGGAGGAAUAAGGAAUUCAGGGUAAUCUCUACUGGAAUCACUGUGUCUCUGUCUGUCUGACUAUACCUGUCUCUGUGUGUAGAGGGGCCUUGCUGAGCUUGGCUCCGGGUGGGCUUGGAGGGGCUAUAAACCCCGCCAUGUUGAGCAACAACACUCUGGCCACCAUCCAAGGUCUAUGGAGCGGCAAGUACACCUGUUUAAUUACUCUGCAUCUCACACAUAUGCAGUGCCUUGACUUUUUCCACAUUUUGUUGUUACAAAGUGGGAUUAAAAUGAAUUUAAUUGUCAUUUUUUGCAAUCGAUCUACACAAAGUGAAAUAUUUAUUUUUUAUAUGCACUACCGUUCAAAAGUUUGGGGUCACUUAGAAAUGUCCUUGUUUUGGAAAGAUAAGCAAUUGUUAUGUCCAUUAAAAUAACAUCAAAUUGAUCAGAAAUACAGUGUAGACAUUGUUGAUGUUGUAAAUGGCUAUUGUAGCUGGAAACGGCUGAUCUUUAAUGGAAUAUCUACAUAGGCGUACAGAGGCCCAUUAUCAUCAACCAUCAGUCCUGUGUUCCAAUGGCACGUUGUGUUUGCUAAUCCAAGUUUAUCAUUUUAAAAGGCUAAUUGAUCAUUAGAAAACCCUUUUGCAAUUAUGUUAGCACAGCUGAAAACUUUUGUGCUGAUUAAAGAAGCAAUAAAACUGGCCUUCUUGAGACAAGUUGAGUAUCUGGAGCAUCAGCAAUUGUGGGUUCGAUUACAGAAUCAAAAUGGCCAGAAACAAAGAACUUUCUUCUGAAACUCGUCAGUCUACUCUUGUUUUGAGAAAUGAAAGCUAUUCCAUGCGAGAAAUUGCCAAGAAACUGAAGAUCUCGUACAACGCUGUGUACCACUCCCUUCACAGAACAGCACAAACUGGCUCUAACCAGAAUAGAAAGAGGAGUGGGAGGCCCCGGUGCACAACUGAGCAAGAGGACAAAUACAUUAGAGUGUCUAGUUUGAGAAACAGACGCCUCACAGGUCCUCAACUGGCAGCUUCAUUAAAUAGUACCCGCAAAACACCAGUCUCAACGUCAACAGUGAAGAGGCGACUCCGGGAUGCUGACCUUCUAGGCAGAGUUGCAAAGAAAAAGCCAUAUCUCAGACUGGCCAAUAAAAAGAAAAUAUUAAGAUGGGCAAAAGAACACACACUGGACAGAGGAAGAUUGGAAAAAAGUGUUAUGGACAGACGAAUUGAAGUUUGAGGUGUUCGGAUCACAAAGAAGAACAUUUGUGAGACGCAGACCAAAUGAAAAGAUGCUGGAGGAGUGCUUGAUGCCAUCUGUCAAGCAUGUUGGAGGCAAUGUGAUGGUCUGUGGGUGCUUUGGUGGUGGUAAAGUGGGAGAUUUGUACAGAGUAAAAGGGAUCUUGAAGAAGGAUGGCUAUCACUCCAUUUUGCAACGCCAUGCCAUACCCUGUGGACGGCGCUUGAUUGGAGCCAAUUUCCUCCUACAACAGGACAAUGACCCAAAGCACAGCUCCAAACUAUGCAAGAACUAUUUAGGGAAGAAGCAGUCAGCUGUUAUUCUGUCUAUAAUGGAGUGGCCAGCACAGUCACCGGAUCUCAACCCUAUUGAGCUGUUGUGGGAGCAGCUUGAUCAUAUGGUAUGUAAGAAGUGCCCAUCAAGCCAAUCCAACUUUUGGGAGGUGCUUCAGGAAGUAUGGGGUGAAAUCUCUUCAGAUUACCUCAACAAAUUGACAACUAGAACGCCAAAGGUCUGCAAGGCUGUAAUUGCUGCAAAUGGAGGAUUCUUUAACGAAAGCAAAGUUUGAAGGACACAAUUAUUAUUUCUAUUAAAAAUCAUUAUUUAUAACCUUGUCAAUGACUACAUUUCCUAUGCAUUUUGCUAGAUUUCCUAUUCAAACUCAUUUCAUGUAUGUUUUCAUGGAAAACAAGGACAUUUCUAAGUGACCCCAAACUUUUGAACGGUAGUGUAUAUAUUUUUUAUAUGGAAAAUAGAACACUAAUAUAAAGUGAUUAUAUAAGUAUACAACCCCCAGAGUCAAUAUGUUAGAAUCACCUUUGGCAGCAAUUACAGCUGUGAGUCUUUCUGGGUAAGUGCCUAAGAGCUUUGCACACCUGGAUUAUACAAUAUUUGCCCAUUAUUCUUUAAACAGUUUGUCAAGCUCUGUCAAGUUGGUUAUUGAUCAUUGCUAGACAGCCAUUUUCAAGUCUUGCAACAGAUUUUCAAGCUGACUUAAGUCAAAACUGUAACUAGGCCACUCAGGAACAUUCAAUGUCGUCUUGGUAAGCAACUGCAGUGUGUAUUUGGCCUUGAGUUUUUAGUUAUUGUCCUGCUGAAAGGUGAAUUUGUCUAGAAGUGUCUGUUAGGAAGCAUACUAAAUCAGGUUUUCCUCUAGGAUUUUGCCUGUGCUUAGCUCUAUUCUGUUUCUUUUUAUCCUAAAAAACUCCCUAGUCCUUCCCGAUGAAAGCAUACCCAUAACAUGAUGCCACCACCAUUCUUGAAAAUACGAAGAAUGGUACUCAGUGAUGUGUUGUGUUGGAUUUGCCCCAAACAUAACACUUUAUAUUCAGGACAAAAAGUUAAUUUCUUUGCCUCAUUUUUUGCAGUAUUACUUUAGGGCCUUACUGCAAACAGGAUGCAUGUUUUUGAAUAUUUUUUAUUCUGUACAAGCUUCCUUAUUUUCACUGUGUCAUUUAUGUUAGUAUUGUGGCAUAACUACAAUGUUGAUCCAUCCUCAGUUUUCUCCUAUCACAGCCAUUAAACUCUGUAACUGUUUUAAAAUCACCAUUGGCCUCAAGGUGAAAUCCCUGAGCAGUUUCCUUCCUCUCCGGCAACUGAGUUAGGAAGGGUGCCUGUAUCUUUGUAGUGACUGGUUGUAUUGAUUCCCCAUCCAAAGUGUUAAAGUAAUAACUGCACCGUGCUCAAAGGGAUAUUAUUUUAUUUUUAUAUACCAAUAAGUGCCCUUUUUUCCGAACCAUAGGAAAACCUCCUUGGUCUUUGUGGUUGAAUAUGUGUGUGGUACAGAGAUGGGGUAGUCAUUUUAAAAUCAUGUUAAAUACUACAUUUACAUUUGACAUUUUAGUCAUUUAGCAGACGCUCUUAUCCAGAGCAACUUACAGUUAGUGAGUGCAUACAUUUUUCAUACUUCAUACUAUUAUUGCACACAGAGUCCAUGCAACUUAUUAUGUGAGUUGUUAAGCACAUUUCUACUCCUGAACUUAUUUAGACUUGACAUAACAAAAAGGUUGAAUACUUAUUGACUCAAGACAUUUCAGCUUUUCAUUUUUUAUUAAUUUGUAAACAUUUGUAAAAACAUAAUUCCACUUUGACAUUAUGGGGUAUUGUGUGUAAAUCAGUGACACAAAAUCUCAAUGUAAUACAUUUUAAAAUCUGGCUAUAACACAACAUAAUGUGGAAAAAGUCACAAGGGUGCGAAUACUUUCUGAAGGCACUGUAUAUACAUGUGCUAUUUUCAUAUUAUAUAGCUGGAACUAAUACUGUCUGUCCAACCUCAAUAUAUCUAAGAGUACCUUUCUCAUUGCUCUGUACCUUACACCAGCGGUUCCCAACCUCUUCCGUAAAAAAUGUGCGGACCACAGGUUGAAAACCACUGCCUUACAUUUAUUUACCUGUAUAACUAGUCUAUACCUGACACUAGUGCACCUGUCCUCCUUGUCUUCCCCACACGUUUGUCUUGUCACUGACAUCGUUGUGUCCGGGACGUAAUCAGAACUCUUCACAGCUCCGGCAGCUAGCUAGCUACACUACCCAUCCCCAUCAAUCCACAGUUACUGUAACUUUUCUCCAACUGAUGAUGGCUAAAUAGCUAGGUAACCCCCUCUGUCCCUCCUUUCCUCCCCCUGUAGCUCUGGCAUCGGGUGGCACUCUCCCCAUCACCUCGCUGGACGGGAGUGGUAACCUGCUGUUUGCCAACACCUCGGCCGGCAGCACCUCCAACCUGGUGCAACCCCUCUUCCUGAACCCCCAGAACCUGUCCCUGCUCACCAGCAACCCCGUCAGCCUGGUGUCGGCCGGAGCGGCCGGGGGAGGGGCCCUGCAGGUCACAGCCAACCAC